AUGGCAGUACAGUUAAAAUGGCCCAUAUUGGGAGUGAUUAUUCCUUGUAUAAUCAUUUUUUCAUUAUCUUAUGGAUCACAUUAUUUUAUUCUUCGACACCAUUUAACAAUGAAACAACAAUUGAUUUAUGAAUUUUAUGUGACUAUGAUAUGGAUAUCUUAUUUAUUGGCAAUAUAUACCAAUCCCGGACGAGUCCCAAAAAAUUAUAAACCAUCUUUGGCGUCGUCUACAAGAAUUGAACAAACCGAGGAUGAUUCUGAUGGGUUAGGUCUAGAAUCUAGAGAAGAUGAAACCCUAAUAAGGGAGGAACCAAUCAGUGGAGAUAGAUGUGAAUGGAUAAGGUAUUGUAAGAAAUGUAAUAAUUAUAAACCACCAAGAAGUCAUCAUUGUAAAAUUUGUCAACAAUGUGUUUUACAAAUGGAUCAUCAUUGCCCUUGGACAUUGAAUUGUGUUGGAAAUAAUAAUUUACCUCAUUUCAUGAGAUUUCUUGGAUGGAUCAUUUGGGGUACAGGAUAUUUAAUGAUUCAAUUGAUUAAACUAAUUAUUAAUUAUUAUGAAAAUCUGAAUAUGCCACACUAUUUAUUCAACAAGACAGAAUUAGUGGCCAUAAUUGCUAUUACUCCAUUAAAUUUUUUUGUCUUUGCUAGUAUAUUGGUGUUGUUCAUUCGAUGUUUGAUUAAUAUAUGUAAGGGGAUGACACAAAUAGAAAUAUGGGAAUGGGAAAGAUUAGAACUUCAAUGGUCAAGUAAACGAUUAUGGAGAUUGAUUCGAUUCAAUUAUGGAAGAUUACAUAAAGGUAAACCAUUUCCUGAAUUGAACACCUGGACUAAUACCACCAAUAAUGUCAAUUAUAACGAUAAUGAUGAUGAUGGGGAUGAGGAUGUUGAAUUAAUUAAUUUAGCAACCAAUAAUAAUGAAGAUUCAACAAUAGUGCCACAAAAUUUCACUAUUGAUGAUUUGAUAUUUCCUUAUAAUUUAGGAAUAUGGAAGAAUUUAGUAAAUGCUUUGGGUUAUCCUUAUAUGUGGUUAAUACCAUUCGGUAAACCUAAGAGUAAUGGAUAUCAACCACAAAUUUCCCAAGAUUAUAAACAAGAUGAUCAAUUGAAUUUACCUUGGCCUCCUGAUGGUAUUAGACAAAAAGAAAUUGAAAUUAAUGUGCUACAACAACAAGGAUAUCAGCGUGAUAGGGAAGAGGAAGACGAGGAAGAACUACGUAGUAUUAGAAAUUAUCAAGAAUUGAGAAGAAGAUUAGAUCCUAGAUUGAAUGUUCAACGUUCAGAUUUCAUUAAUGAUAUGGGAGAAGGGUUAACUGAUUUUGGUGUUGAUGAAGAUAGUGAUUAA